AUGACUCGAAUCAAGUUCCACGAAAGCAGAGUUCAAGCUCUUGUGCAGAACCCACUUCAAGUACACUUGAUUCGUGAACAGAUCAAGGCAAAUGCCAAGGCGGUAUUCUUAGACCACCCUUUCGAAGUUGUCACCGGGAUAGAGAAGAAUAAUAAAGGCAAGUACGCUCCAUUAAUUACUUCCAUCUCCUUGCAGAGUUGGUACUUAUCCCACUAUGGCGAUUUCAAGAGAUUCGAUAUGCAUAUCUCCUUCGUCUAG